GCGGGAUUACAGACGACUUGGACACCUGAGUAUCGCGAGAUUUGACCAGCUGUUUAGUCUGUUUUUUUUUUAGACUGGUGCUGCUUGUCGGUCUACACGUGGGGAGGAUCUGACUUUGCUUUCCACUGGGACACAUUUGAAAAAUUCACAAUAUCCGUAUUGCUCUCAUCGUGGCGGCACCAAGGACCAUAACAUACUGUGUAGCUGUUAGUGUCCUGAGGAAAUGCCGCUGAGGUUUCGUUCUAUUGCGCCCUACACACUACCCGGAGUCCUUGCACUGAUCGGCUGGUGGUGGUACAUCUCGCGGAAGAAAGAGCGGAUCAUCAGCCAUGACAGCCCAGAGGGGGCUCCAACCACUAUGGGCCUUAGAGCGUCUCCAGCAGAGGGUAGCAACGGUUUGGUCGAGAAAGGCACUGUAUCUCCCUCAAAUGGCACAGAAAGUCCCACCCACAGACCGCCGAAGGUUGGCGACCUGAGAACAGAACAUGAAAAUAUUUCCCCGAUCCAUGUCCGGGACAAUGAAGCAGCACCUUCACUAAGACAAAGUUCUGAAGAAGCUGCUCCUCACCUUGACAGAAUAAGACUAGGGGAAGUCCAUAAACCCUCAUGCUCGACUCCAUUACCUGGCAAAGAAGACUGCCCGCAGGUGUCGUUGAAAGACCAUAAAGACCCAGAGAAGAGCUUAACACCUGCCUUGGUAAAAGAGCUGGAUAAACACCUAGUCAACAAGCCAGCCUCUCCUUUAGAAGCCACAGUAGAAGAGGUGGUCUUGCCCUGCCGGUCUACCAAAGUCACCAGCGCCUCCCCAACAGCGCACCUUUCUGAUGCAGAGAGGCCAGAGCCAGAAGGGGAAGUUGCAAAGCACUACAGCCCUGUGAAUACACAAGCUGAAAUAGUUGUUUAUGCAGUCACCCCAGCCAAAGUGCAGAGAGUGAUCCCAUCAGAGGCUGACUCUCUAGAGACGCCCCCUUCAGAGCAGGAUUUCCACCAACACAUUCUAAGCAGCACCCCUGCCCCAACCUCCAUGGCCCAGACAACGGACCAAGACUCCACUACCAUAUCAGAGACGCCAGAGGACAUCCAGGUACACUGUGGCCGUGGAAAGGAGCAGGAUCUGGAGCUUCUGGCAGCUGGACUCAUACAUGAGGUCAUCUCUGCAGCCACCCAGGAGGUCCUUGGUGUCACCAGUUACCAGGUCACAGAAACCAGCCAGCCCAGUUGCAGCAGCAGCAGCACACCGCUGGCCGGCAGCAGACUAUGCUCACAACAGGAGCCCAGCACAGCAGUACUGCAGCACCACCAUCUACUGUCAGGCCCCACUCAGAUAGGCUGCGAGGCCACAGAGAAGGAAGAGCUGGGGAUGCCCAAUGGCUGCUCCUCGGCCCCAGUAUGGGAGUCUGUCGAGGUCAGUCACAGGGUUCAUCAGACAAACCAUGCACAGAGAGGCCAUUGGCCUACACCGUCGCACCAAGCAGCACAGAGUCCCCCUACUUUGCUAAACAUGAAACUGAAAGGCGAUGAAGCAGCGGUGCUGGGCGACGACUCUGCCUGCAGUACGUGCCACUCUGAGGAUGGCAUUAGCAGCGAGGACCUUCAGAACAGCAUGUAUGACAACCAAACGGAUGUGAGUCAGCUUACGGACUUGUCUGCAAAAGAUGCCACCCAACCUCAAUUGCGGGUCGAGACGGCCAUGGAGGCAUCGUUGUUGGCUGUAACUGAAGACAACUCAUCGGAUGCGGUGUGUGAGAUAAAGAGGCUUAACGGACUGGGCCUGAGGAAUGGAGCUCACGGGACAUGUGAGGUGGAGACGGACCAGUCUGGAGGCUCUGAUGUGAACAGUAUGGACUCUGUGGACAGCGGCUGCACAAUGGGUGCCGGGGAAAGCCAGAGCAACCUCGCUGCCUCCUCCAGCUCUGAGCUCAUCAUCUGGGAGAUCGAGGUGCCAAAGCAUCUUGUAGGGCGGUUAAUAGGGAAGCAGGGAAGAUAUGUGAGCUUCCUGAAGCAGAACUCUGGCGCAAAGAUCUAUAUCUCCACCCUGCCUUAUACACAGGAGUUCCAGAUCUGUCACAUAGAGGGUACGCAGCAGCAGGUUGACAAAGCCCUGUCCCUGAUCGGGAAGAAGUUUAAAGAUCUGGACUUGACUAACCUGUAUGCACCUCCGCCACCCCCGCUCACAUUGCCAUCACUUCCCAUGACCUCCUGGCUUCUUCUCCCCAGCGGAGUGACCGUUGAAGUGAUCGUGGUGAACAUCGUGUCGGCCGGUCACGUCUUCGUCCAGCAGCACACCCACCCCACCUACCACGCCCUGCGCAGCCUGGACCAGCAGAUGUUCCUCUGCUACUCCCAGCCGGGCACCCCGGCCCUCCCCUCACCCGCUGAAGUGGGUGUGAUCUGUGCUGCUCCAGCGGUGGAUGGAGCCUGGUGGAGAGCUCAGGUCAUCACCUUCUAUAAAGAAACUAACGAAGUGGAGAUCAGAUACGUUGAUUAUGGAGGCUACGACCGAGUUAAGAUUGACUCACUACGGCAAAUAAGGUCUGAUUUUGUAACACUACCGUUCCAAGGGGCUGAAGUAUUGCUUGACAACAUCGCCCCACUUCCAGGAGAGGAUCGCUUCUCAGCGGAGGCCACGUCAGCACUGGAGGAGAUGACCAGAGGAGUGGCAUUGCUCGCCCAGGUCUCAAACUACGAUAACAACACGGGCCUCCCACUGGUCCACCUGUGGAACAUGGUCGGAGACGAGGUGGUUUCAGUUAACCGUACGCUGGCAGAGAGGGGCCUGGGUGUUUGGAUGGAUGGAUUUUGAACUCUAACAGGCUCUGAUCUUCACCCCUCCAUCCACCCACUCACUCCCUUAUUGUCUUGUGAUCAGCAGUCUGGGACCCGGGUCACCCACUGGAUCUAAGAAGAUUGUUUUUCCUUUCAUUUCUUUUCUUCUUUUUUGGUCCCCAUUUCUUUGAAAUGAAUUAAAAAUUGUUUGCAGGCAUAAUCUACAAGAACGGCACUGUUUCAAAAUAAAGCAACCUUCCCCUCUUGUUCUUGUACACAAAAAGAACUCAAAGAGGGAAAAAAACUAGAUACUUGUGAAAAAAAAAAACAUUUUUAAAUCUAUAUUGUAACUAAAUAAAGGUUCAACCAAAAUUUCCCCCCCUCCCCCAUCCUACCUUAAUUUUUUUGCUCUGGGCCUUUGCUCGCUGACUGUGGAUCAUCAUACUGUGUGAAGGACGACUCCAUCAGACAAUGUAUACACUUGUGAGUUUCAUUGACACCUUGGUUAUAGUUGUAGUCUGUAGGUCACUACAUUUCAAAUUCAAUUUUUAGAAGAUUGUUGGGGGUUCUUGUCCAGAUAGAAUGUAGGGGGCAGAAAGACAUUAGAGACUGAUGAGUGACGGCACGGCACAGAGCAGAGGAGGGCCCGAGUGGGGUGCCUGGUGGAGCACCCAGCUGCUCUCCAGCCUCAAGAGACAUAGACUUCUCUGGGUCUGGGUCUCCACCCAGAGCGGCUGCUGCUGCACCUCCAACAGGACCAAGGAGCGAGCUGGUUGCCUUCGCUCAACCUUUCUCCACCAUUUUGCACUGCGGUACAGAGGAGCCUGGGAUUUCAACCAACCAGACAACAUGCAGUCAAACAGCUUUUCAAAUUGGAACGCCGACUUGGGCAAGAUUUAUUUAACUCAAUAUUUCCAAGAUGCUUUUUUCUGGCAGCAAACAGCUGAUGAUGCAUCAUUGGACUGUUUGUAAUCCUCAAGUUACACAUGUUCAGUUUUUAAAGAGUUACACAACUGAAGAUCCACUCCAUUGUUCUGAUGGCACCUCAAAAUCAAAAGAUUUUGUGUCCCCAAAGUUAUUAUAAAAAUAAUAAUCAAAAGAAAAUUCUGGACUAUGGAGCCACUCGGAAAAUUUGCAAUUUCAAGGCACCACAACGGUUCGGUGUGCACUUUUUUAUUCUGUAACUAUGUUACCAAGUGUUUUAUCCUACACUUUGUAACAAAUGUUAAAGCUAUGGGAGGUCUGUGACUUUUUUUCAGUGAUUUACUAUUACUGAUAUUUCAUGUUGGUCAAAUAACUGAGGGUCUCAUUGGUGUCCUCUGGUUUAAUAAUUCCAAAGUAAUCAGGAUUUUGGGAGCUGUGGUACAGCAUUAAUAUGCUGUAAUCCUAAAAAGACUAAAAUCCAUGAAGGAAUUACCAAACUCAACUGACAUGGGAUAGAAACACUACACAAGAUUUAGUUUGCAGUGCUGCUUCUCGGUGUCGACCGGAAUAAUAAGGGUUGAUCUGAAUCCAGUUUGUGUCAUUAGUGGGCAUGGUCGAGCAGCCCAGGGGAGACAGGGUCCUCUGCUCCACAGCGUGUCCACAUCCAAUCAGCCUGUGUGCACAGACGGAGCAUGGCCUUGUUCUUCACAUGUGGAUACGCUGCCUGGAUCAAUCACUUCUUCAAAGCGGGCUUUAAAUCCUCAACCCAGACCUGAGAAAUGUUUUGAGAAUUCCGUUUUCAGGGGCCUGCAUCAAGAAGCAAAUUCAAUUUAGUGUGGCUGUCUUGGGGAUCACUGGUGUCAUUGAGCCUAACGCUGGUGAUCCUGGAUAAUGUGGCGCUGGCUAUCAACUGGCUCUGUUUGCUCUGGCUCCAUCCGUCUGCCACACGUCUUUAUUACAAAUAUCAGAGCCAUGAGUGUAAUACUUAACAUGACGAGAUGAAACGUGACACCCGUGGGGAGAUUGGGUUAUUGAUGCAAAAAUAAAUGUUGAUAAUAUAAACACUAUUUGAAUAUAAGUAAGAAUAUAAAUAUGUGUAGGAAUUGUCUUUUAAAAUGUUUUGGCUUUUAACAUGUCCUAUAGAGUCUUUUUUGCUUUAAAUUAUAGAUAUGUGAUGCACAUAAGACCGUUCUGCCAAAGUAGGGAGGAAAAAAGAAGUCACUCCCUGAUGUCUCUCUGACUAAAAGGUUGCAUUUCUAAUUUAAUGGGAGCUAGUUAACGGUGUGGGGACAUGUUUCUCUGAUUAAAGACGGCAGUGGGUGUACGCAUCAUGUUCUGAGCUGUAGUGAUGAAAUAAGGGUGUAAAAGCACCAGCACUGUCAAGAAUGAACAAAUCUGUAUAGUCAGUUCAUUACAGGCUAUUUAGGGUGUUAAAGUACCCACUGAUUGGUCGAAGCUCUGUUUUAAACCCAGAGUUAAUACAACAAAAAUGAUUCUACUGAUCUAAGAAAUACUUGUUGCUUUUAUUACGUUUCACUUUACUGUAAACCUUUUUUUUUUUUUUUUGUCUAUGUCAGGGCCCUGUAGUAAUAUUGACUCAAAUUGUCCAGUGAGCUUCUGGUCAGAAGGCAGGCAGACAGGUUUUGAUUAGGUUUUCUGUAGUAGUAGUAGCAGCAUAUGUUCCUGUGCUAAUCUCCCCCGGUUAAUACUGAGCCAGCCUGGUGAUACAGGAAAACCUGAGCCAAGCCACUAAUCUCACUCUGUGAUACAGGCCCCUGAUGGGAACACUUUUGUUUUUGAGAAUGAUCAAGUUGUUGGUGUAAUUGUGCAUUUUCACAAAAUCAUGUCUUUUAUUUCCAAAAUAAGAGACGCAGUGUCACUCGAGAUUACGUAGUCCAAGGUUAACAUCAAUUUGAGUCUGGGUGAGACGAGAUCAUUUUAGCAGUUUGAGCAGUUGUUUCAUAAAGAAGGAUCACAAGAGCAGGGUUUAGUGUGGAAAGCCAAACAAACCAGAAUUAAACUUUCAUAAAACCCAAACCUAUUCCCUCACUUCACAGUGAAGAAAACAGACAUGUAGAGAGUAAACUAUAAUAUAGGAACUUUGGAGUUUCUGUGAUGAUUUAGGAAUUAUUUAAACCUACUUUGUUAUGCAAAAGGAGCUUGAUUUGCUUAACCAACCAUGGCAACGUUGCUUUAUGAAACCCCUCUGGAUUAGUUCAACUACAUUUAAAGACAACGGUCCUACAACACGUUUCUUUUCAGUUAAAACUGCAUCUGAAUAGGUUGUCACUCUAGAUUUAUUUUUCCAGACAUUCGAUCAUGAUGUUUCAUCAGUGUCAUGGAGUCAGACCUUCCCUGUGUUUGCAAUUCAACGUAAGGAAUUCAUUUCCACCGUGGCUGUAAUUCUAACAUCAACUCUGUCUAUUUCUUUUUUAAAUCUCUUACCCUAGCAAUAAGGCAGCUUUAUUUUGAAAUUUAAGGACAGAAUGGGGAAAAGUGUGGGCAGGCCUUAAGUGUUUUUAUUUGACACAACUGAGAACUAGGAAAGUUAACUGCACUCAAUGUUAAAAAAGUUAACUACUCAAUGUAACACUGUAAACCACUAUAAAAACUCAACACGCAUUUCUAUAGUGUAUCUCAGGAAUGGUAAAUUAGGUUGAUUAGUGACUCUACAUGCCUGAGGGCAGCUGAUAGAGGACAUGGGCAUGAUUGUGCUUGAACAGAGAGAAUUCAGAUGUAUAUGAGGCAUUUGGACAAAGGCUUACAAACAAGGCGUGUUGGUUCAUGAAGAAGGUGUCCUUACGUUGUUGCUGGAAUCGGAGCAGUAGCCAUAUUGUGUGUUGUUGGCGUGUGUGCAUCCUCUGUUUCACAUGAACUGAGAUCCUGUCUGUUCCUUCUUUCUUUUUAAAUCCAGAUAAAUAUAUCUCCCCCCCCCCCCACCACCCACCUUAAAACAGUUUGAUCAAACUAAACUACAGUUUUGUUAAUUUCUGUGUAAAUAAGAUAUUUGACUGUACUUUUCUAUAACACUGGAGAGAUAGAGAUAUAAAGGGAACAUUUUUUUUUUUUUUGCUUCUGCUUGGUUUGAUCUGGUUCAUCCUGCCUCCCCUGUUUCAGUCACUCGAUGUUCUCAAGCUAUGGGACUGAUUUUUGAGUGUUUGCAUUGAAGUCAUCAUUUGAUUAUUUAAAUGGGUGUUAAGCUCUUGUGCCCAAAAGCAUUUAACAUGUACAGAUCAGUUUUGCUAGGCUCAUCUUAAGUUUUUUUUGUUGAUUGUACAGAUCUAUUAAGGGAAAAAAAAUAAAAGUUAUUUAAAGUGU